AUGAAAUCCCUGAAAAAUUUCCCUAACAAGAAAUCCUUGUUUUUUCAGACAGCCGGGUUCGUUGUCGCCAUCGUCGAGGUGCUCCUUUGUGCUCUCGCCGUUUAUGGAUUAUUCCGAAAUUUCCAUCUUUUCGGAGCGAGCUAUUUCAUUUGGUUUCUCCUUGGAAUCAUCUCAGUUAUCAUCAUUAUUAUUGCCAUUGCUCUUUUCAUUUAUGCCAUCAAAUCUGAGAACUCUCGUUGGCUGAUUCCUCAUUUGUCCGCACAGAUCUUCCUGGUCAUUUUCUUGAUUCUGGUUGCAUUCAUUGUGGCGAUUCUUUUGAUGUUUGGAGCUUAUCGUGGAAUUCGGAACUUGCUAGGAGUCAGCAAUUAUUAUAUGAGUGAUGAUGCCACCUAUCUCCUCGGAAUCAUGAUCAUCGUCAUCUACUUCCUGGUCGCCGUUCUCGAAAUUUUCUUCAUCUACAUCGUUUGGCGUUUGUACAAACAUCUGUGCCACUACGAAACAAUCGAUAAUGAGAAUCGUGUCAAUUGGCAAGUGGUUAAUGAUUUCCCAAAAGACAAUAAGCAUGGAUCUGCCGCUAUGGGCGACAUGUACCCAUAUGGUGACGAUCGGCGAAAUGAUGGAACUAAUGGACAGAGAUAUUUGUGA